UUUUUUAUUCGACAGCUUGACGUACUGAGGUGAUCCUAUUUAUAAUAAAACAAAUAUGCUUUUAAUCAGAAAACACCUAAAUACAUUAAUGGUAUACUGAAUUUGCAAUGCAAAAUUGAUUAAAUAUAAUACUUACAACAAACUUUCAGCUUGUUUCAUCAAUUUGUUUCAGUGCUCUUAAAAUGUCAUUAUACUUAUAUUAUUAUUUAAUUAUAUAAAAAAUACACUUUUUCAAUAUAUGUCUAGAAGAUUUAUCAGACUAGAGACAUCUUUAUUCAAAUACACAAAUAAAGAAAACACAAAAUGAACCGUUAAAUCAAUAAGUUUAAUAACUAGAGAAGCAAUCUCAUACAACAACCCAAGUUUAAAUUAUAUAAAAAUUUUAUAUUAUUAAACAUAUUUUACAAUUUCAAUAUUCCCGCAUUUUUUAAAUGACGUCACGUUAUAUGAUUGGUGUUACGUUUGUCGUGAAACACAGACCAGAGAUGUGUCUCUAGUCUGAUUAAUCUUCUAGACAUAUAUUGAAAAAGUAUAUUUUUUUAUUACAUAAGAAUAAUAAUAUAGGUAUAUAUUUCAAAAGUACUGAAACAAAAGUAUCCUACCCUAACCUUAUGAUGUAUCAUAAAUACUCUUUGUUUAUCGUAACCAUAGAUAUUCACUGUAGUGUGGUAAAAUUGUACUGUUCUGUGACAGUGUCAAACAAAUUGUACCGCUACGUACUUAUCAAUUUUAGCGUCAAAUAAAUUGUCAAUAAAUUUAUUAGAAUUCGCGUUCUUUGAGGUUUACUCUUGUUACAUACUGUAACCGUAAAAAAAUGCCAAAUGUCUGAGUAAUAAACUGUAAUUCUAAAUCUGUAAAGUUGAUGUAGAUUGUGUCGAGACAAAACUAACCAAAAAUGGCAAGGUCGCCACAGGAUGAUCCGAGAUACAAUGACAACACUUGGAACUUUGCUACAGAAGCUGCAAAGCAAUGCCCACCUGGCGUCAUAAAUGAUAGAAAUCAAGCACCCCUUACAACAAACGGUGUUCCUCUAAAUGAGAACAACAUGUACGCUAACGCAAACUUCGGAAACGAUUUAUUUGUGAACAAAGUACCAUUCAACGUGCAGCCACGAGAAACGGUGCCUAACAAUGACGAAAAAAUGUCCUUCGUACCUCCUGUUAACCGCCAAAACUACGGCAAUGCUGGUAUGUUACUUCAUUUGAGUAAUGGUCAGUCUAUGAGGGUGUUUUAUGAUGAAAACAAUCAACAAUUCAUACUUCCCAUGUCUAGUCAGUAUGAACUGUUUAGUCAUAACCAAGGACCACUAGAUUUACCCUUACAAACUCCUCGAGAUACUCAUAAUAAUAUGUUCCCUAUGAAUCAAGAUUAUGCAGCCAAUAAAAACAAUCACAUGCCAACCUCAGUUCCAAUACAAAACAGUUUUGCUCAUGAUAAAAAUCAAACAUCAAAUACAUUGCCUGCUGAGUUUCUCAAAGUUUUGAGAGACAAUUGGGAACCAAACUCAACUGGAACUUACUCACCCUUUGGUCAAAACCACCCAUUAAAUCAUCCUGAUGCUCCAAAUCUUAAUUUACCAACAAAUCCAUUAAUGGACAAUAAAACUCCAACAUCAAAAAUUGAUAAUUCUCCAAAAAGGAAUGAAACUGGUCCUUUAGCUGACAAUAACACUAAAAAGCGAAUAGUUGCCGAAGUGAAACCGAUGCGACCAUCUUAUUCAGAUGUUUUGGUUAAGAAUACAAAAACAAGUACUCAAGCUGAAGCUACACGAAAAACAAAACCCCAAAAUGUUGAAAAUAAGUCAUCAAAUGCUAAAAAUAACUCAAAACAUGAUAAGCCUUUGACAAAUAUUAAGCAUGGAGAUGAAAAUAAGAUAAAACAUGAGAAGAAACAACAUUCUACAAUUUCCUCUGGUAGUGAAUCAGGUGACAUGAACACAGAUGAUGCUGACAAACCUCAGAAACCGAAAAAGUCUAAAAACAAGCGCAGUAACAUCACAAGAAAAUGGUCAUCUCUGGACGACAUAACAAAUGAGGAAGAUGCUAGUUAUGAACACAAUAACGAGAGUCAGUUUAUCUUCAUAGAGAGUCAGGAGAAGUUAUCUAAAAAGGAUAAAAAGUGCGAUAAGAAAUCCAAAACUGACAAAAAUGUGACUGACAAUGACUUCAAAUUGGAAGAAAACGAACAGUCCCAUUUUAUUUUUCAAGAGAACCAGGCUGAUACUGCUAAAGCCAAAAAGAAGAAGGACAGUCGUAACUAUCAUAAAGCAGCGAAACCAGCUCAGGAUAAGAAGAAAGUGAACCAGACAAAAAUGCGACGAAAUAAACCAGGCUAUUUGGGCAUGGCUCAAAAUUACUUGGAGAACUGGGGUGGUGCAACAUGGAAAGCACUUGUCUGGUUCGCGUACCUUUUAUCCGACAUAUGUGGAAUGAGCCUCCAUUUAUCAUUUGAUCUUUGCACAUCUGUUUUUACUCAAACAUAUGUGAGCUCCCAAGCUGUAUGGCGCAGUACCAAGGACUGGAUUUUCAAACUGAAAGACAACAAAUACCUUGUGUAUAUUGACAGAAAAUUUGGACACACCAGAUUUGCAUUUUGGAGAAAACUGAAAUGGUUUAAAAAAGAAGCUGAAAUUGACACUGGGAAUGACUCUACAAACCUCAACGCUAACAUACCACUGCCGGCCACUGGUGAGGAAGCGAUGAAGCGCCUGCUAGCUUGUAAAGGAAAAGAUCCAUACAGUAUUCUGGGCGUGAGUGUGACCUGCACAGACGAGGAGAUCAAACGGUACUAUCGGAGGCAAGCGUUCUUAGUUCACCCGGACAAAAAUCAACAACCAGGUGCCGAAGAAGCGUUCAAAAUACUCCAGCAUGCGUUCGAUCUCAUCGGGGAACCAGAACGUAGAGAAGCAUAUUCUCGUCGCGCGAUGGAGUCACGACACGCGGAGGCGGCGUGGAGCGAGCUCUCCACAUUAUUGGCACAGUUGCACGACAAAAUGGAGUUUGCCGCCAAUACUAUCAGAUGCACAAAUUGCGGUCGCCGCCACAAGCGCGUGCUGACGGACCGGCCGUGUUACGCGGCGCGGUACUGCGCCCAGUGCAAGAUCAGACAUUCCGCCAAAGAGGUAACCAUUAUUACUAGGGGACGCCUAAUGUUUAAUUAAAAAAUAAAAUGACACUUAAAUAUUUUGUAAAAAAAAAUAUUUUCACUAAUUUCACUUGACUUAUCGAGCGACGUGUUUUUAAUAAGCAUGAAUUCUGAUUGCAUUCGCAACAAAGACGUUGACGUUAGUUUAUUGAAAUGUGACGUCAUAAGAUGUUCCGUUAUGGCCGCCCGUGGUUCGCGAUUUGGCAAUAAUAUCUAUUAAUAAUUUAUUUAAAAAAAAAUUUUACUAAAGUUGUUAUUUAUAAAUCAAUAAUAAUUUGUAAAAAAUAUUUUUUAAGAUUUAUACUCAGAGAAGUCACUUAAUUUUAACGGUCGAUUAAUCGAAUAUAAAAAGUCUGUAGCUCUAGAAUAGAUGCAGACAAACUUAAUU